UUUUUACAUCUAUAGCAUUGGAAAAUUCAAUUACAUCGCCUAUCAUCUCCUCCCUCUCGCCUGUUGGUAACCAAAACGAGUGCAUGACAUGAGUUAUGUGAGCUACCAUCGCCUCCAUUUUCUAAGUCUUACUUCCUCUGUCCGCUGCACUUGUUUCGAUUUGCGCAAACAUCACCUCACUCCCACCAGAAAUUUUUCAAUGGAUGAAGGUAUUGUAAGUGGGAAUAUAGUAGUGGGUAACACCCUUUCAUUGCAGAACAAAAUUGCUGCAAUUCGUGCUGCUGGUCCUUCCAAACUUCAGGUUAUUGCUGAUUUUGAUGGUACGCUGACAAAAUACAACAUCGAUGGUCAAAGGGGGCACAGCAGUCAUGCACUUCUACAACAGGGGAAUCCAGAGUAUGAUAUUAAGAGGCAGAAUCUAUAUGAUCAUUAUCAUCCACUAGAGAUUUGUCCAGCAAUUCCAGUUGAAGAGAAAACAAAGCUCAUGGAAGAGUGGUGGGGGAAGACACAUGCUCUUCUUAUUGAGGGAGGUCUCACUUUUGACGAUAUAAGAAAGUCUGUUGCUAAUGCUCGUAUUGCAUUUCGAGAGGGUGUAAUUGAAUUAUUUGAGCUUUUAGAGGAAUUUGAUGUUCCUAUCCUCAUUUUCUCUGCAGGGCUUGCAGAUAUCAUAGAGGAGGUCCUCAGGCAGAAAGUUCAGAGAUCUUUUAAAAAUAUUGAAAUUGUAUCAAACAGGAUGGUCUUCAACAACGAAGGAAACCUAUCAGCUUUUAAAGGAAAAACUAUUCAUGUCCUAAAUAAGAAUGAGCAUGCUCUUGAUAUGGCAGCACCUUUGCAUAAUAACAUGGGAACUGUGGAUGGGCCUGUUAUUGAUUACGCUGCAAUGAAAAAAAGAAGCAAUGUCCUACUUCUUGGAGAUCACAUCGGAGACUUGGGGAUGUCAGAUGGUUUAGAUUAUGAAACACGAAUAUCAAUGGGUUUUCUGAAUGACAUGGUCAAUGAAUCUCUGGAGAGUUACUGCAAAGCCUUUGAUGUUGUGCUUUUGGAAUUCAACCACAGUAUUAUUGUGGCAGAAUGAUGGUUCGAUGCUCGGAGUACUCAAUCUCCUUUCUCAGAUAAUCGAAGAUAAAUAGAUGGAGGAAGCGUCUUGGAUGCCAGUCUCAGCAAUUUCUUCAGUUAAGGUUAUGUUCAUAUUGAAAUUUCAAUUUGUCCUUGGGCAUUAUGGUUUUAGAAGCUAAGCUACUAGUAUUCAGGUUGAAUAUGUAUUGAUGGACUGAUGAGUGUCAAGCCAUGAUUUUGCCAAGAAUUGUAUGCUUCCUAAUCAUGAUUUUUAUUUAACCAUCAUGAAAUUAUUGUAGGAACCAUUUAUUCAGGUACACAUUGUUCUACUUAAGAGCAAUUUGAUAUUUU